UCUCGAAAGGACAGCGAGUUUCAGCAACAGCGACAACAUUAACAACGAUGUUAACAACAACAGGAAGGACGGUUCUGGAAACUGUAAACAGCAUUAUGUCGGCGAGGAGGAGGAGCGAGGAUGCAGGAAAAGAGGAAAGAAGAAGGAGUGAGGACUGUGAAAAGGAGAUAGGGAGAACAAAGGAAGGAGAAGAAGAAGAAACCAAAAGGAUAUUUGGACACAGAGGGUCACUGGGAGAUCAGCUCUUUACCAAUGGCUUCAAUGUAAACAAUGACAUCAUCGACGAAUGUGAUGAUGCAGAUGAUGAUAUAUACAUUACAGCUCGUGUCAGCCAUACACCUGGAGCACAUCAGCAACAUGUACAUGAAAGCAUGCAGUCACCCUCAACAUGUUUAGUAAAAAACACUUUAACCAAUGGCCAUCAUGGAUCUGAAUCAUUUGACCGUCCCAUAUCUCCAAGCCUGCCUGACGACAACACAAACAACAAUGACUUCCUGUCCCAAUACUGUGAGCUCAUGCUGUCAUUAGGGGUAGAACCAGACUAUGAGGACAUCACAGAGGAUAUUGACACAUUCAGGAAGCGUGUCCAAGUGCUAAGGCAAAGACUUGAAGAGGAGGAGGAAGAGCUUUGCACUGACUUUGGUUUUCGCUCCUUUGGGGAUGACGUUGGGGCAGAAGAAGAGGAAGAGGUGAUGCGAGAGGAAGAAGAAGCGGAGAAGAUCAGGAGCGACACAAAGAAAGGCGGCAGGAGACAUCAAAUUCCAUUUACAGGUCCAUUCAUCAGUGUGCUCUUGUCUCGGCUGGAGAACCUUCUCGAAAACUCUAUUGCUGUAAACCUGCUUGUGACAGGCAUCCUGGCCCAGUUGGCAUCGUACCCACAACCUCUCCUGAGAUCCUUCCUGCUCAGCACAGACACACAAAACCAGCCUAACGUUCGCACACUUUACCAGGUGCUGGUGUCGCUGCAUGCUCAGAUAGAGCGCUAUGUGAUGGCCAGACCAGACUAUCCUGCUCUAGUCACUCAGGCCUGGAGGUUCUUGUUGGCAAAAGACCAAGAUGGCAAAUUCAGAGAGUGCCUCCAGUCUCAGGGCGGUGACAUCAUCCUGGAUCCAUCGCUUCCCAAUGGCUCUGUGAAGAACGCUCUGCCUUUGCCUCCUUUCAGUGUCUUGCCCCCCUGUCCUACUAUUUCCCCUCAAGCCAAGAGCCGAGUCUUCGCCAUUAUCCUGUACGCCGAGUUCCUGAAGGAGUUGGCUGCCUUGGCCCAGGAGCACAGCAUUGCCUUGGACUGUUAUUCUGAGGAGUAACGAAUGCA